UGGAGCGAUGUUGUCACUUCCGUUGAGGCCCCCAUCUACAUCCAGGUCAGCGCUCUCGCCGCUGCCGCUGCGGCUGGGGGACCUGGCUGGGGUCUCCGCCGCCAACCUAGGGGCUCUGGUGGAGCCCUGCGCAGGGCCUAGCUCCGGGCCGGCCUCCUCGACUUCGCCGGCCUGGAGGGGCGAAGAGGACGAGGAGGCGGAGGCUUCCUCCCGGGUCACUGGUUCUCUGGAUUACCAGGAAUCUGUAGUUGAUAUUGAGGCCAGGCUAAGGAUGGAAGGUGUGGAACUUAAGGAAGAAUGGCAAGAUGAAGACUUCCCAAUACCCUUACCAGAGGAUGACAGCAUUGAAGCAGAUGUAUUAGCUGUAGCGGGACCAGAACACCAGCCAGGCCCACUAGAAGUAAAUGGAAAUAAAGUAAGAAAAAAAUUAAUGGCUCCAGAUAUUAGCUUAACACUGGAUCGGAGUGAUGGUUCCAUUUUGUCAGAUGAUUUGGAUGAAAGUGGAGAGAUUGACUUGGAUGGUUUAGAUACUCCAUCUGAGAACAGUAAUGAGUUUGAAUGGGAAGAUGAUCUUCCGAAACCCAAAACUACUGAAGUAAUUAGAAAAGGAUCAAUUACUGAGUACACGGCAGCAGAGGAAAAGGAAGAUGGACGACGCUGGCGUAUGUUCAGAAUUGGAGAACAGUGUCACAGGGUUGACAUGAAGGCAAUUGAACCCUAUAAAAAAGUUAUCAGUCAUGGAGGUUAUUAUGGAGAUGGAUUAAAUGCAAUUGUUGUGUUUGCUGUCUGCUUUAUGCCUGAAAGUGGUCAACCUAAUUAUCGCUAUUUAAUGGACAAUCUGUUUAAAUAUGUUAUUGGCACUUUGGAGUUAUUAGUAGCAGAGAACUACAUGAUAGUUUAUUUAAAUGGUGCUACAACACGGAGAAAAAUGCCAAGUCUGGGAUGGCUCAGGAAAUGUUAUCAGCAAAUUGAUAGAAGGUUACGGAAAAACCUAAAGUCUUUAAUAAUAGUUCACCCUUCUUGGUUUAUCAGAACACUUCUAGCAAUUACACGGCCUUUUAUUAGCUCAAAAUUCAGCCAGAAAAUUAAAUACGUCUUUAACCUGGCAGAACUAGCAGAACUUGUCCCCAUGGAAUAUGUUGGCAUACCAGAAUGCAUAAAACAGUAUGAAGAAGAAAAGUUUAAAAAGAAACAGAAAAGAGUUGACCAGGAAUUGAAUGGGAAACAAGAAGAACAGAAGAGUGAACAGUAAACUUGGAGUCCAAACAAAAGACCUGAGAAUGUGCAGAUGGAAUGAUGUAAUGCUCUUUUGCAUUAUAAUGCAUUUAUUGGCUCUUAUUUCUGUGUAACUGUUACAACAUUGACUUGAUUUUCCUUAAUGGACUUUUGUAUAAGGGACUGUUCACUGCUGUAUUGGUUUGCAAAUCUUUUGAAUUUAAUUCUUUAAUAGCUACUUUAAUAUUAUACUAUAAUCAUUUUGUAUUUUAUAUUGCUAAAUAUAAAAGAACCACACUUUUUUAUGAGGCAUUUUUUUGCAUUUGUUUUAUCUAAGUGAUGCAUGUUCUUCAGUAAACUAUUUAUAUGCGUAAAAUGGUAAAGGAAAGAGAUAAUAUAUAUUUUUAUGAUUUUUGAACAAUAUUUUAUAAUAUUGUAUACCUGCAUUAUAGAACAAUAUGCAGGUGGAUAAGGCCAUAUAAAUGACUCUGAAGUCAUUAUUUUGUAAAAUGCAUGAUGGAAUUUUUGUUUUUGUAAAGAGUUAAACACAUUUCUUAUGAUUUUAGAAAAUUAGGUUGUUUUUAUGUAUUGAGGGCUGGUUAGACCAGUUGUCACAACAUGAAGACUAUUCUUGUUCAUGUAUUGGAUACAUGUAGAAUAUGCCAUGACAAAGUUUCCCCCUUUGGUGUACAUGUUUUUUCCCCUCAUUAUGAAAAUGCAACUACACAAUGUGUUGUACACUUUUUAAACAAGUCAAAAAGCCAUUUUGUGAACUGGAUAAUUUGAAGGGAUGAGGAAUUGGUAGAUAUGCUUGCAUGCAUAUAUAUAGAACCUUUCAACCUCUGGCCACAGAAAAGAACUUUUCACGUCUUAGGAUUGUUCGUGAAUGUGAAAUGAAUUGCUUGUCCAGGAUAGCAUUUUACUGGACUGCUGAGUACUAGAUAGCACUGCAGAACAUGUGGCAAGUUGUACACUGUCACUCUUUGUUCCAUAGAGACCAGAAGCUUACUUUUUUUUAAUCUUGUACCAUCAAAGUAGGCACUUUAAAAAAAAUAGAACUGUUUACUUAUGUCAUUUUAAAACUAGGUUUUUGACUUCAUCCAAGAUUUUUUUUCAUGCUCAAUCAUGUUUUACAAUAUUAUAGAAGUUGGCUGUAAACCUAAGUAAUAUUAAAUUGUGUUGUCAAUCAUUUGAUGAAAAUGUGUAAACUUCUUGUUAAAUUUGGUAAGUACAUUUACAUAUGAGAAAUGGUACACACACAACUUGGUAAUUAACUAGAAAAACAAAAUGCUAUUUUGUUGAGGUUGUCUAAUGAUGAAUUUAAAGAAACAUCUCCAUCACAAUAAUUCCUAAUGUGUCUAUGAGUUUUGUACAUUUCUCCAACUUUACUGUAAAAUCAUUUCUUCAUAGACUGCCUGGAUGGGUUUGAAUGGAAGUUUCAGCCUCUCCCAGACUCUGUGUGUGAGGCAUUUGUCAGAGACUUCUAUAGCAGAUAUUUCUUUCGCAACAGGCAAUUUUUCUUCUCUUCCUUUUUGUUUUUGUUGAUCAUAAAUUCACAUGAAAGAGCUAAGAGGAACAAUUAGAAAGCAGUCUCUUGAAUUACCAGGAUUAAAUAGCUUAGAUUCAUGAUCAUGGGUCAUUUCAGUUAUUUCAGCGUCUCAAGAUCAUUGCAAUGCUUUAGUAUUUAUUUUAAGACAGAUUCGUAACUCUUAAGGAUAGAUGUAAUUGACCAUUUUGGUUUUUUAAUGCAGACAAAUUAAUAGGCUCUUCUCUUUGUGUCACAGUAAGUUGUCUUAUUUAGAAUUUAACUGCCUCAUUCUUUUGUAGUCACCGAGAAUGAACUGUUCGUUUUAAAAAAUGCAUUUGUUUUCCUCCCUAUUCUGGACUCCCCAAACGCCCCUCCCCUCUAAAAAAAAAAUCAACUGUAGCUAUAUGUAAAUAUUUGUUUCUUCAUUUUUUACUCAGCAUUCCAAGCUGAAAGCAAGUAGUCAUUCCAGAAAUGACAAGGGGACUUCCCCAUAAUAUAAAAAAAUGCUAAAUUUCCAAAAAGAAAUACACUAGAAUUCUGUUACAAUGAUGUGGGGAAAGAAUAAUAUCAGAGUUUUAUUGAAAAAAAGUUACAUUGUCUUCAUGUACAAGAAAUCAAGUUUGACCCAGAGUGUAAUUGAAUCGGCAGUACAGUGAUGUACCUUUUAAUGCUAUUUUUGUAAGCAUUUUUUUAUCUCGAGUAUGUUAGGGGAUUGUAACGAUCUAUAUAAAACAAAUUCACUUCUUUUGGUCUUUAGUUCUUAAUUUGGGUUGCAGCUGUACAUACAUGUAGCAUUUUAAAUUUUGUCAUUUAGUCCAUACAUAGACUUCAGUUCUUAAAUAAGAAAUGUGAAUUAGCCUUUCCAUGUUGGACUCAUAUAUUGAUUUGGAUAGUGUUUUGGUUCUGUUUGUCUUGGUGACUGUAAUGUAUUCUGUUGGCAUCUGUUAUUUUGCAAGAUUUUAGUAUCUGGGCUCAGUGUGUUGAUUCCAGCAAAAAUUUGCUUAUAUGAGAAGAGGACUUUGAUUCCUUAUCCUACAGACUAGUGUCUGUGAAAGAGAAAAUUAGUUGAGACAAGCGAAGGAGAAAGAGAAUGAACGAUUGGUUACCAUGAACAAUUUACCUCCAGUAUUACUCAGUGACCGGUGUUGUGUAGGACCUGCUUAUCUGGAAAGUUAAUGAGAUGCAGAUGAUAUUUAUUAACCAAACUCUUUGUUGUGUCCAGCCAGCAACUGCAAUCAACCUACAGAACAUAUGAAUAAAUCGAGGAGCACAAGCAGUCAGUCAUACACACUGAAAUAAGAGACGAUCAGACGAAGUAGUAACAAUGUCAAGAAACCUAUUUGGGUUUGUCAUUUUCCUUUUAACAUUUGUGCUCUAAUAUACCUGCUGGAGGCAAGUUGGUGCUGGGAAAUGAGUGUGUUUCCAAUGCUCAGUGAACUCAUUCUGAUCAUCCUGCGUUGGCUUAUCAAAAUCUGAUCCCUUCUAAACUUAGUGCUAAUAUGUGUAGAAGAACAUGGCAUAGCUAAGACUGAGUGGCUAGGGGUUUUACUUAAUCUCUCACCAUACCCUUUUUUUCAUGUAAUGGAUAUAUUAUGCAUAAUUCCCCACAGUGAUAAAUCCUAGUCAGAAGUGUAUAGGUUAUGGCAGACUGAAAAAUUCAAAUCUGUUUUUCCCCACACAACAAUUUGUAAAGUUGAUCAAAGCAAAACUUGAAAGAGAACAUAUUUUAAAAGUAGUUAAAAAGAAGAAUAUGGUGGUAGUGAAUCAACUUCAGCAAAGUAAUCAGAACAUCCUAUUAUGUUAAAAGUUUUGAGCAGAAAUUCUUUGACAGACCUUAGGGUAGAAUACUUGGAAGAAGUAUACAAAGUAGCUUCAUAGGAAGGCUUGCUGCUGGGAAGGAAACGGGCAUCCACAAGGGCUUGGGAGUGGUAGUGACCCUGGCCCUGAUGAUCCCAUUUAGGUCACUGAGAGGAAAGCAGGGAAAAUGUCUAUAUGAUUCAUUUUUAAGUACUACUAAGUGUUCUGUGUAUUUCUUAGGAAGCAUUGUCCCAAAAGGGAUGCCCUAUAUUGCCUCACCAUUUUCUGUAAUUUUAAAUUUGGCAUGUACCACAGGUAUAUAUGUAGUUCUUCACAGUUUUAUCCCUAAGGUUCUUAAAUAGUAAUAGGAAAUAUUCCACUUUGUUUAGGAGCAAGUGUGAGUGCAAAGGAUUUUAGCAUUACAACUAUAUUCAUGCAGUUUUAUUUAUUAUGCAAUAGGCUUCCUGCUUAAUAUACUGCAUAUGUAUUGCACUAUAUAUAUAUAUACACAUAUAUAUAUAUAUAUAUCUUUAAAUACUAAAAAAAAUUCUUUCAAGUAAGGGAUGCUAUACCCAAUCAAACAUAAAAUGAAAACUAGGAAAGUUUCAAAUUCACAAAAUUAUAUUAGGUGCUUUUAAAAAACAGAUAAACUUCUGAUUGUAUACUGUAAGACAUGAUUUGGAAUUAUAGUGCAUUUGCAUUUGAAGCUAUUUUGGCAUUUUUCUAAUAUGCAGAUUAAUGCAUACUUAGAAAUACUUCAAAAAUACAACUUAUUUACUGGCCAAAAAAACACAAAUAUUUCUUAAGUUUUUUGAGAAUGAUAUCUACAUCUUGUACCCCCAAUUUUUUUUUUUGUUUCAUCUCUUAGAUAUUUAGUGGUCACAUUUGUUUAGAGGAAAAUAUAUUUGCUUAUGUAAUCUCUUCAGUAUUGCUGGUAUUCAUUUUAUGAUGUAGCUUGACUCUUAAAGCACUUUGAUUUUUUUUUUACUACAAGGUCCAAAAAUUUAACAUUUAAUGCACUGUAAUAGCUAACUUACCUAGAUGUUGUUCCUUAGUGUAGGGAUGAAUGUGUAAAAAACGUACUGUCAUUGUAUAGUAUAAGAAAUUCAAUUUGAGUGUAUAAUGUUUGUAUUAAGAGUAAUAGAGGAGUCUUUCAGCCAAGGAAACCUUUUUGGGGUUUUCUUUUGGAAUGUCAGGAAUAUGGUAAUUUGUGGUCUGUUGCACUUCAUACUAUCACAAAUUUAAUGAACCUUAAAUAAAUUAAUUAGAAAAGUA